AUGGUAAAGGUCCAUGCGAGGGCCGGAUUUCAGAUUCGUAACUGGGCAUCUAAUGAUCCAGAGGUGUUGGCUAAAAUCGGGGCGACUGAUCCAGCAACGAUUAAGGACUUUGCGGUUAAUAAAGAAAGUGGAUUUGAACGACUCUUGGGGUUGAUUUGGUUUCCAGAAAAGGAUGUUUUCUCAUGUUCACUAAAAUCACUGGAUGCUGUUCAGGAACUGAUUCUGGGUGAAGUAGUACCAACAAAACGUGACCUUUUAAGAGUGGUAAUGAGUAUCUACGACCCCCUCGGCCUUGUCGCACCCUUCGUUGUACACGGUAAAGUUUUGGUACAAGAUGUCUGGAGAUCCGGUGUCGGGUGGGACACCAUGAUCCCUGCGGAUAUUCACAAACGGUGGAUGGGAUGGAUUGAGGUGUUGCGGAAAAUGGAAGGUGUACAGAUUAGUCGGUGUUACUUCCCCGGUUAUGAUCCGGUGAGUUACGAACGAUUGGAGCUUCACAUAUUCGUGGACGCCAGCGAGCAAGCUUUUUCUGCAGUGGCAUACUUUCGCAUAGUGGAUCGAGGGUUAGUGCGAUGCACCAUAGUUGCGUCAAAGACCAAGGUGGCACCCCUUAAAACACUUACCAUUCCGAAGUUGGAGCUUAUGGCGGCGGUAAUUGGCGCACGUCUGCGAAAAAAAAUCCAAGAAAAUCAUUCACUGGAAAUCUGUCGAACGGUGUUCUGGAGUGAUACUUCUACAGUUAUAUCCUGGAUCAAAUCCGAUGUUCGUCGUUAUCGUCAAUUUGUAGCAUUUAGAGUAAACGAGAUUCUAAUCUUGUCCAGUGCAGAUGAAUGGCGAUGGACACCAACACAUCUUAAUGUUGCCGACGAAGCAACCAAAUGGGGAAAAGGACCUUCCUUCGAGUUUGAUUGCAGGUGGUUCCGAGGAAUGGAAUUUUUAUAUGACGAAGAAACUGAGUGGCCGGAAGACCAUCGAGAACCAGUAAAACAAACGGAGGAGGAACUAAGGCCAGCGUACAUAUGCAAACAUUUCGUUAUAGAACCAUUGCUCAAUCCAGGAAGGUUCUCAAAAUGGGAACGUUUACUGCGUUGCGUUGCGUAUAUGCACCGGUUCACGGAGAACCUGAAAAGUUUAAUAAAAAAUAAACCACUCCUUAAUGGCGAGCUGACAAGUGAAGAGCUAAAAAUGGCAGAACGAACUUUGUGGAAGAUGGCUCAGUCUGAUUCUUAUCCUGAUGAAGUUACUAUUCUGAAGCACAAUACCCUCGUUACGGCGUAG